AUGGCUAAAUCAACUCUACUUUUAUUUUUUCUUGCUCAUUCCAAAUGUGUCAGCACCACAAUCAAUACCAUUUUACUCCACGAGUGUAAUAAACUAUCCAAGUCAAUGAUUGUAGUGGGGACCAAGUAAAAGCCCCAGUUAUUAUUUUAAAUUUUGAUUUUUUAAUACAAAAUCCUCAACUAGCUCAUGAUGUUAAUUGUUACAAAUCUAAUAGGCUGUUAACUAUAAAAAAAUUGAGGUAAAAUGAUAAUUUGGUAGUAUUGUAACCACCUUUACUGUCUUCAUUAAGUAUCUUGGAAUGUUAAUUUUGUCUCAACAAGAUACUAUAAUCCAUACCAUUUAUGAAGACAUUGUACACGAAUUAAUUGAGUACUAUUUUGAUGAUAAUAAAUAUAUAUGGUAAACAUGAAAUAUGCAUGAAUAUUAUUUUGGACUUCAACAUAAAAAUUAAAGGAGUAAAAAUUACUAAAGAGUAUAAAGUAAGAAUAUUAAAUUUCUAAGUUGUAAUUUAAUGAAUGUGUUUGAGUCUCAUAUUUUAAUAUUUUUAAAUUUAGAUUACCUUAUCACUCAAAAUUGUUACUUUAUUUUUUACUGUAUGAGAUCAUAAUAUCUAAAAAUAUUACCAUUGAUAGAAAGUAAUAAUUACAGUAUCUGAUUUUAUCAGAAUUACUGAAAUAAAGUAUUAGUAUGAAAGUUUAUCUAGUAUACAAGAUGUCUAUGAUACAACAUUAUUCCACCUAAUUAUUGUUUAUAUAAAAUUAAUCAAUUGAAUCUGAAGUAUUUGAACGAAUAUUUGUGAAUUUUAGAAUAAUAUAAUUUGUUACACUAAUGAAAGUAAUAAUUUUAAUCAUCCAAAGUAAUAUGCAACUUACUAAUAUGACUUAAUUGAAUCAAACCUAAGUUAAUAUCUCUUUAGUAAAAAAAAUCAAGUCUCAAUAAAGAAUUUGAUGCACCCAUCAUAAAUGACUCUUUAAUGAGUAAUUUUGAAUCUCAAGUUAAUGUCAUUGAUUUCAUUAUUUUAUUUCUUCUGAAUUUAUUGAAAUAAACUUUCAUAUUAUCAAAAAAAUUAUGAUUUUCCCAAAACAUUACACUCGUUGGCCAUCUUCAACAAAUGGAAUAUGGCAUGAUAAUUUUUUCCCUAAAUAUUAACUUUUAGUCAAUGGUAUUUUUUAUGUGUAAAAAGAGGGUAAUUUUUUUAAAAAAUGAUUAAUUUUACGGUCAAUUUUUACAUGUUUUAAUGAUGGCAUUAUUCUAUUCUAACCACUAAAGAGAUUCAACAGAAAAAUGGGUUUAGGAAAUUGUAUCUUAUCUUGUGUUCUCAACUACACAAGUUUCUUAUAAAAAGUUCACUCACUUACAUUAAGAAGAAAUCAUUUUUCACACUAAAUAGUGUAAAUAGAAAUAGAGAUGGAAUCCAACAAUAUAGUUUGUGUAGGUAACCAUUGAAAUGGUUGGAUAUAGUUUAUUCUCACCAUUUCAUGAACUAAAAGAAGUAGAGCCUUAUACUUUUAGAAACCUUGAGCUUACACUGAAGGUAAGAGAGCCUUCUAG